AUGACCAUCAUGGACGGCGAAGACAUGCAGAGGCUAUGGUCUCUCAUAGAAGACCUUACCAAUCAACUCCAAGCCAAUCGACAACUCUGUGAAUCUCUCCAACAACAAGCCGAUCAACUCCGCGGCCAAGCCAUCCACUCCGGCACCGGAUUCGCACUUCGCAGGUUCAACACCGAUCUUUCCAAAGAAAAAUUCGAAUCCGAACUCGAGACUCUCAAUGCCCAUCUCGUUAAGGAGAAUCUGAGCUUGUCGCACGAGAACAAGCAACAGGCUGUACUAUUGCGAGAGUACGAAAACACGCUCGAGACGGUCAUGGCCAAGUUCAGAAGCUUUUCACAUUCCACACAACAACAUACGUUGCAGUUGACACAGCAUUAUGAAUCCUUGUUGGCGCAGACCACGCAUAAUGCGGCAGAACAGACUUUGGCUGCUGAGACGGCGUUCAGUGGGACUUUGACACAUUUGGGUGGAAUGGUUAGGAGGGCGCUGCAGUCUUUGGACGGUGAGGUUAGUGAUAAUGAUGAGGAGGAGGAGGAAGGAGAGGGGGACGGGAGUGGGAGUGGGCGGAAAAGGAAGUCGAAGCGUGGAUGGGUGCAAGAUCCGAAAUGGUAUGGGUCAGGGGGGUAUACUGGCAAAACGACGGAUCCUGUUGCGCUGCGUGCGGAUGAAGCGCUGGAGCAGUUAACAGAAGAGGAGAGGUUGCGGAUGGAGAAUGUUACCCUGCGCGAACUUCUCGGGUUGAAGGAGAAGAGCGAUGCGUUGUUGUCAGCCGGUAGAGCAGGUGGCCUGGUGCAAGCAGAUGUAAACGCAGCUGCUGCAGCGCCAAAGCCCAUGUCACCAGCAGAACGACGUGCGUCACUGACAGUAGACGAAGCAGCGAUUGCAGCAGAAGCAAGCGGUCAGCCCCCAUACAAAGCUCUAUCAAUAUCUUCCACUACACGACCUGGAGAAGAGAGCAGUGUGGAAUCAGCGACUUCACCGGCUCGUGCAUCACCCAAGCUCACAUCCGCACUCGAGCGCAAGGAUCAGAUCAUUGAAGAAGCCAUCUCGGCAGAGGACGAGAACAAUGCUGGGAGAGGACGUCAAGCUGGAGAGACGAGCCUGAUCGUUGAGGCGGCGGCGAAUGGCGAGGCUUCGACCAAUACAGCAGCACUGCCCUUCGUGUUUGCAGCAGAUGAUGCAGAGGAAGCACCCUCGUCCAUCGAGGAGCUUCGAGCUUCGGCCGCAGCUAAGCAGGAGAAUGGUGAGACUACGCAGGUGCAUGCUACUCUUCCCGACACAACCGGUGCCGCGACUGAUGCAGACGAAAUCACACCGAUCGACGAAGUGGAUGUGCCCAGCUUGGCAGAGCCGGCAUCGAGUGCAGAGCCGAACCUGCUGGCAGAGGCGUCGCCUCCAGCGUUGGUGUCGACUGGGAUUGAAGAUAGUGAUGCCAAGACCACUGUCACUUCUGCAUCUGGUAUCGAUGUAGCUGAGUCGACGGGUGCUGCACCUUCUUCACUCACGCAAACACGGUCGGCUGCGUCAACUGCUUCCUCCAGUUCCUCCUCAUCACCCUCGCUUUCUGCCGGCACCAGCGAGACUUCCACCUCGGUCGUCGAGACUGAGGCCAAAGAGGAAGCCGAAGCCGAAGCCGCUGCCGCUCCUCCAGCUGACAGUGCAAAAGAAGACUUUGCGCCCGUCGUAAGCGAGCCUUCAGCGGCGGCGGCGGAGACAAAAGAGGCUGUUUUGCCCGCCGAACCAGCCAAAGCGGACAAUGCUAGUGCCUGGCCAGAAGCAGUGGUCCUAGCAGAUGCAAAAGGCACAACAGCACCUGUUUCAAGCACGGAGGAGAAGGAGAAGGCUGGUGCUGCAGCGGCUCCUGUGAAAGAGACAAGGGCUCCAUCUACAGCGAAUCAAGGAGGCGGCGGUAAGAAGGACGGGCAAGCAUCGCCGGCGAAGAAAGGUGGGCGAGGGCAUAGGGGUAAGGGAAACAGGCAUAACAAGUCGAAUUCGAGUGCUUCGAAUAAGGGCGGGUUUUGA